AUGACAGACUCCAAGCAGCCCAAGGUGCUUUUGUUCGACAUUGGUGGUGUUUGUGUCGUAUCACCAUUCCAAUCCAUCCUAGACUACGAGCUCAGUCUCGGUAUCCCGCCAGGAUGGGUAAACUACUCCAUCUCAAAGACGAGUCCCACCGGCUUCUGGCACCGCCUUGAGACGGGCUCAAUACCUAUGGACCAGGCCUUCUUCGAGGGCUUCACCAAGGACCUUCACGAUCAAGGCCGCUGGGAGGCAUUCUACGCCGCUCAAAAAGCAAAGAACCCAUCUCUCCCCAAGGAGACGCCGCCCUUACCUACCGUCGACGCCAAGUACCUCUUCAACACCAUGAUGACCAAUUCAAUUCCCCCGGACCCGUGGAUGUACCCGGCACUGAAGAAGCUCAAGGCCAGUGGGAAGUAUAUCCUCGCCGCGCUGAGCAACACCGUCAUCUUCCCCGAGGGCCACAAGCUGCACAGGAAGGACUUCAUGGACGACCCCGUUCGCAGCUUAUUCGACGUGUUUGUCUCUUCGGCACACGCUGGUUUGAGGAAGCCGGAUCCGAGGAUGUACCAACUCGCGCUGGAAAGGCUGAAUGAGUAUGCCGCCCAAAAUGCGAGCUCUGAAAGAGGUCAGGCCCUCAAGUGGAGCGAGGGUAUCAAGCCACAGGAUAUCGUGUUCCUGGACGACAUUGGCGAGAACCUAAAGGAGGCUAAGAAACAAGGAUUCAACACUGUCAAGGUUCAUCUGGGACGGGCCUACGAGGCCGUGGAAGAACUAGAGAAAGUCACUGGACUGGCAUUAGAGGGCGACCACCCAAAGGUCCCGGUGAAGCCGAAUCUGAAGGGCAGUGGUAGAGCGAAAUUGUAG